GAUAUCUUCAAUGUUCUUCUCAAUGUCUAAGCCCGCAAAUUACCAAUAUUCCCUUCCACAAUUAAGCUUCUAAAUUUCUCGCAUUGCAUUCAUGGCCACUCAAAGACCCUCUUCAUCUACUUCUAAAGUUAGUAAGAAAAGAAAAAGAGAUCAUUCAUCUUCGCCUGAUUGGAAACAUGAAGUUUUCCUCAGUUUCUAUGGCAAAGACACUCGCAAGGGUUUUACGAGUCAUCUACAUGAUGCUUUAAAACGGAAAGGCAUUCUCGUCUUUAAGGAUGACGAAACACUCAAGCAAGGAGAAUACAUUUCUGAAGCGCUUCAGAAAGCUAUUCAAAAAUCACAAUACGUCAUCGUCAUUCUUUCUGCAAAUUAUGCUUCUUCCAAAUGGUGCCUCAUGGAACUUGCCGAGAUCGUUGAAUGGGAGGAAAAGACGAAGCUGAUCACAAUUAUUCCUAUUUUCUACCAUGUGGAUCCUUCAGACGUAAGAAAUCAACGUGGGACUUUUGCAAAAGCUUUUGCCGCACAUGAAAAAGCUCCCAAGGUAAUAUUACCGGAGAUUGAGAUGUGGAAAAAAGCUUUCAGUAAAGUGGGUAAUAUUACCGGAGAGCACAUACACGAUAGGUGCGAAUCAACAAUUAUACAAAAAGUCUGUGGACGUAUAUCUAAUGAGUUGAAUUCUAGAUUCUCACGUCAUGAUUACGAUAAACUUGUAGCAAUAGACUCCCAUGUAGAUGAAAUUCCUGGCGGUGACGACCACUGCCGGCGCACGGCGGCGCUAGGGGCGAAGGAAGAAUCAGACGGAGAGAGGGAGGGGGAAAUGAUGAAGUUAUUGGAUAUGGAAUCGAACGAUGUUCGCUUUGUAGGAAUUCAUGGGAUGGGUGGUGUUGGUAAGACAACGCUGGCCCGAAUAAUUUAUGAUCGAGUUUCUAAUUCUAAUUGUCGAUUUGAAGGAAGCAGCUUUAUUUCUUGUAUUAGAGAAAAAUCUACUACUGCUCGUGAUCUAGCUUCUUUACAAAAAGAACUCCUUUCUACAAUCAUGCAAGAAAAAAUACAUGUAUGGGAUCAUCACCAGGGAAUCAAGGUGAUAAGAAACAUGCUGCGUAAUAAGAAGGUUUUUAUCGUCCUUGAUGAUGUGGAUAGUGAAAAACAAUUAAUGGCACUAUGGAGUCAUGAUUGGUUUGGUCCAGGGAGUAGGGUGAUUAUAACAUGCAGAGAUAGUCAUCUGUUGAAAACACAUGGAGUGAAUGAUAUCUAUAAGGUUGAGCAGCUUGAAACUACUGAAGCUUUGCAACUCUUCAGUUUGUCAGCCUUCGAGCAAACCCAUCCAAGGGACAAUUACAAGGAUCUAUCUAUGGACUUUGUGAAUUAUGCUCAAGGCCUUCCUUUAGCUCUAAAAGUUUUAGGUUCCUUCUUAUUUGGGAGAACAAUAGAUGCCUGGACAAGUGAGAGAGAUAAACUAAAAGCAAUUCCAAAUCCAGAAAUUAUGGAUGUACUUCAAAUAAGUUUUGAUGGGCUGCAGGAUUUGCAAAAAGAGUUAUUUUUGGAUAUGGCGUGUUUCUACGGAGGACAUGAGCACAUAUUUUCUGAGAUGUUAUUAGAAAGAUUUGGUCAUUAUCGCAUCGACCUUGAUGUUCUCGUCGAGAAGUCCCUCCUAAGCAAAGCAUAUAAGGGAACGUUGAUCAUGCAUGAUUUGCUAAAAGAACUGGGCAGGGAAAUAGUUCGCCGCGAAUGCCCUGAAGAACCUGGACGACGUAGUAGACUGUUUCGUGUAGAGGAUCUCUAUCACGUACUGAAGAAUGAUACUGGAACUGAUGCAACUAAAGCCAUAGUCGUGGAUUUUUGUCCUGAAACGAAAUUUCGGAGACUCAACGGCAAAGCAUUGUCAAAGAUGAGAAAAUUGAGAUGUUUUAAAUUUCAUCAAUCUCGAACUUUAAAAUGGCAUGGAAAACCCUUAAAAUACAUGCCAACCAAUGAGUUGCGAUACCUAGAGUGGCCUGGAUAUCAUUCGAAAUCCUUGCCAAGCAGUUUCCAACCUGAAAAUCUUACUGUACUAAGGAUGCCUGGCAGCCGUAUCAAACAACUAUGGAAGGGGUCGAUGGUUUUAGACAAUUUGAAGGUAUUUGAUCUGAGUUAUUCUGAGAACUUGAUUGAAAUACCAGAUUUGACUGGAGUCCCAAAUCUUGAGAGAGUAUACCUGGAAGGUUGUAGAAGCUUGUGUGAGGUCCACCCAUCCAUCGGAAGUCUAAAACAAUUAAAUGAAUUGCAACUUGACAAAUGUACAAGCCUUGAGAAGUUACCAGACCUGAGUAAUUUGGAAUGCCUGACUGAUCUUUGGGCAGAGGAAACUGCUAUAACACAAAUACCAUCUGUCAAUCUAAUGCCCAAGAGCAUCCGUAGGUUCCAUCUUCAAGGAUGCAAGUCGAUGCGACUUAAAUCAAGAGAUCCCAUCUUUGAUAUCGGAUCACUUGUAGAAUAUCAGAAGGAAGGAAUAUAUGAUUACGUAGAAGCAGCGUACAUUGAUUUUGACAGCAAAGGAGAAAAUAUUUUAGACAUGGCAGGUGGAGUUGUUUCGGCUUUAGACGACGAUUUGAAGAUGAUAAGAGGAUGGUCGUUAGGAUUCCAUAUUCCAGAGUGGGUCCAGCAUAAAAGUAAUGGCUCAUCUGUAAAGAUAGAUUUGGAUGCUAAUACGAAUCCGAAGAUGGGGUGUGCUUUUUUUAUUGUUUGUGAUUCUGAUCAAUUCUUUUCCCUUCAUUGGGAAGAUGCUUCAAUUUCUUCUUUAUACAAGGGAUGGAUUACAAGCAGGUCAGAGGUGAGGCUUAAAUUAGAGUUUGAGACGGAAGAAUAUUGUGAGGAAUAUGAUUGUUUGGAUUGCAGAUUAAUAACUCCUCCCUUGAACGUCUCUUUUGGUAAGCGAGUUGGAUUCUGGGUGUAUAUACCGGCGGUUUUGCAGUUAUUGGACAUACGGAAGGUCAAUAGGAUUUCAUUUGAAACUGGCUGGCAUCCGUAUUUUUCCAAGAGUCUUGAAAAAGUAGAAGUGAAAGAAUGCGGAUUGCAUUUAAUAUGUCCAGAUGAUGCUAAUUCAAAGUUCUUUAAUUGCAUUACUCCUUUUGGCCAUUCGGGAUCUUCUAAUUCAGAUUUCCAUCGGCAAUUUGUCGGCUAUAUGAAAAAGAAGGAGGCAUUGUAACAUUCUAUGUUCUUCGGGAAAAAAAAGAUGAGGAACAUUAUGUGGAUAUGUUCUGUGACCUUGAGUGAGCCAGUGUAAUCGAUCCGAAGCGGCAUGUGUCUGAUUCUUAUAAAGUCGGUUCCUCAAUCUGGCUAGUAUCGGGUUUGUUCUUCGGGUGUUAAACCGACCGAAUAUAGAUUUGUUCUUACCUUUUCAGUUCUCUCGAAGCCUAGCCUCCAAAUCCAACUCGCGGCUCACUGUCAGUUGGUCUUUUUUGAAUAAAUAGAGUUUGUUUUGUAACUUUUUUUUAGUGCUAUUACGGUGGCAUUUGAAUUGAGAAGGGUCAUUAACGUGGUUUUAUUCUUAAUUCAUUAAUAGCUUUAAUGGUUCAAGAGUUACUGUACGUUAUAGAGUUAGCUACGUAUUUUUAAAGAAAAAAUUAUGUUUGACCAUUGUGGGGUUGAAAGUUUUUUAUCAUUAGUUUUGUCACUUUAUGUCUUACUAGU